AUGAAUAGAGUAAAUAAUACUGAAAUUGGCCCCGGAUCGGAUAAUCAACAACAGCAACCGAGGCUUGCUGGAGAAUCGCCCGAUGCAGCUCAAGCAUUAGCUGCUGAAGCUGCACAGCGACAAGCAUUGCCACAACCAAAUCAGUUCGGUGCUGUACGCGAUAGGUUAUUUCAUGCAAUGCUUGUACGUGUAGCAAUUAGUUAUAAUCGGCAUAUUCCUAUGUUGGGCAAACGUUUAAUUGAAUUUUCAUCAUUAGUAACGGCAAUAGUGUUGCUCUCUGUGAUGGUUUAUGUACAUCAUUUUUUUGAUGAAACAGACAGCAAUUGCUUAGCACCAUUCGUGGACCAAUGGCCCAGAAAUGGUGUUUUGCGCGUAGAAGUUGUUAGAAAUUUGAAAAAAUUUAAUGCUUAUCAAGAUAAAUUAUCAGAAAAAUCUUAUGGAAAAGGUAGUGGAAGUAAUACAACAGUUUAUGACUUAAAACGUGUAUUGAUGGAAGGCCCUAGCGCUUUACCGAAAGAAUUACGAAGUAAACACAAGCAUUAUCUUCGAAAGAGGAGCGAUCAUUGGAGCAGCUUUUUAAUCUCAGAAGAAUCAUUGAUGAGUCUUUUUAUAAGAACGGACAAUAAUUUAAAAAAGAAGCUUUUUUUAGAGGAGUUAGACGACAAUGAGCUUGAUUUUGAAACGCAAGAUUUAAUUGAUGAGUCGGAUGCAAGUUUCGAGUAUGUUGUGGAAUAUUCUUUGUAUUAUGGUUUGCUAAAAUUACCUCAUUCGUAUCGUCUUGAACACAACAUCCCAUUUCUCCUUGUUAGGUUAGACCCUGAAAUUGAUAGCUGUUUUGGCGAUUGGAUCAGUCGUACGCUGAUGAAGAAUUUUAUUGGUUAUGAAGAUGUGUUAAUGUCUUCAGUGAAAACAUUGGCUGAAAAUGAAACAGAUAAAGGAUAUUUGCGGGAUAUGAUCACCGGGGAGCAUUAUCGAUUUGUCACCAUGGGUAAUCCAAGAGCAAGUUAUUUCACUGCUUUGAUUGUUAUGCUAAUUUUUACGUUUGCGAUAUCGAUGUUGUUGCGUUUUUCGCAUCACCAAAUAUUCUUGUUUAUUGUUGAUUUAUUGCAAAUGUUUGAACUUAAUCAAGCAUUGGUUUUUCCGGCUGCGCCGCUUCUCACGGUUAUUUUGGCUCUCGUAGGUAUGGAAGCCAUAAUGUCAGAAGUAUUCAAUGAUACCUCUACCGCAUUUUAUGUGAUAUUAUUAGUUUGGAUUGCAGAUCAGUAUGAUGCCAUUUGUUGCCAUUCACCUAUCAGCAAAAGACAUUGGUUAAGAUUCUUCUAUUUGUAUCAUUAUGCAUUUUAUGCUUAUCAAUAUCGAUAUAACGGUCAAUAUGGUGGUUUAGCCUUACUCACUUCUACAUUCUUCAUUUUGCAACCAGGUGAAGCAGUCGGUACUUCUCCAGGUGCACAAACUGCAACAAAUGUUCCUACUACUACUGCAUCAACAUUACCAUCAGUGAGGAAUGCAGCUGUUGAGGUUUCAGCAGAUAUAAGUUUGCAUAGCGAAGAAGUUUCAUCAUCUAGAGUUGGAACUACUACCCCAGAUGGUACGUGUUCGUCCGAAGUGAAAGAGGUACCAUUUUUAUCGAGCAAACAACAAGCUACAGCUGAAUUAGGUGAAGGCAGCAGCUCAAUGACUGAAAUCAAUAAUCUGGCUUUGAAUGAUCCUUUAUUAAUGGCUGGUGAACGUACAGCACAUGAAAUUGUUGACAGUGCUAUUGAUUGCGUAUUUAAUUCAACGGUAGUAACAAGAGAAGCGGAUAAUCUUCUUUAA